AUGCCCCCUCCCAUGCAGAUCAUAGUGCGUCGCGAGCCCAUCACAGUGGUGGCUAUCGGCAGCAGCUGCACGUCCGAGUUUGGAGGCAGGAAGGGGCCGCAGCUCAAGCUGCUCAACCUCGAUGCCUUUGAGUUCGGCAGAGUGGUGCAUCCAGACGGCUGGCUCACAGCAGCACUAGACUGGCUGCUAGCAGCGUUCCCACCCAGCAAACCGCACGACUUCUCUACAACUCCGCUCCCCGACGCCGUGCCAGCAGGGGACCAAGCCCCCCAGCAGCCCUACUGGCUACUCAACCUCGCCAUUGGGGCCAUUGGGCCACAGCCCUGGGGGAAGUGCCUGGGGGGCACGUACCUGGCAAAGCUCCCGAAGACCGUGGAUCUGGUGGUGGUGGAGUGGGCAUUAGCAGCCAGCUACCCCGAGAUAGCCAGGGACAUGGACAUUGUGCUGCAACGCCUGCUCAAGCUCUGGCCCACACCACCUGCCUUCCUCUUUGUGCAUUUCUUCUUCUGGUGCCGGGGCAACCUCUGGUGCCGCACAUGGCUGACGGAUCCCAAGACAGGGGUGGAGCUGGUGGAGGAGGGACCACAGCAGCCGCUCACUCGGGAGAACAUCGGGGUGUUUUCGUUUGACUCGUUUGACCGCCGCGGCACGGGGCGAGUGACAGAGGACGAUUUCCUGGUGCUCGCGCGUUACUACGGCUUCCCUGCCAUCUCCAUGCGCAAUGCGUUUUGGAACCUCGCAACACAGCAGGCGCCCCAGUUCGGCCUGCACGACCUGAUAGCCUUGGACGACAUGGGGCUGCAUCCGGGCCUGCCGCUCGCCCGCACGCGAUAUGCGGAUGUGCUCAUCAACUUCUUCCGCACCGCCAUCCAAGGCUUCUUUGAGCGGCAGAGGGCAGGCAUGAAAGCGUCCAUGGAGGAGAGAGCAGCAGAGCUGGCGCUGCUCAAGGUGCCGCCACCCCUCUUUGCGCGCUGGUUCCCGGGGGAGUUUGGAGGGCAGGGCGAGCAGGUGGCGCUGUGCUAUUCAUACGAGCUGCUGGAGGCAACGAUGCCAACGGUGCGGGCAGUGAAAGGGUUCAACUUUACCAAGGACCCCGACUCUAAGAUCCCCAAGCCGGGGUUCGCUACCUGGCAAGCAGGAAGCUUCGCGGAGUUCAUAUUCGACACGUCAGCACAGAACAAGCCGGCCCUCCAGCUGGACAAUCCCUCCACCGCCCAAGCCCAGCUGGAGAUCCGGUACCUCGUCAGCUAUGAGCGAAUGGGGGUGGGACACAUGGCAUGCGUGGAGGGGUGUGAGUGCGAGGGCGGGGAUAUAGACGCCACCAUCUCGCAGCAGUGGUCGGUGCCCGAGAAACGAGUCUUUGAUGUGAGUCAGAGCGAGAAAUGCGUUGUGAGGAUCGACGUGCGGCGGGGGAAAGGAGAGAAGUUCAAGAUCCUGAGUUUCACAGUCAUGUUCAAACCCAAGUAG